AUGGGUUGGUUCGAUGGCCCUUCAUCCAGGACCUCAACAUCAUCGAAUGGCUACACACGCCGACGCGCGAGUUCCCCGUCCAACAAAUCAAGCUACUCGACCUACCAUAGAGGCCAUUCAGCGCCAUCGAUCUUCAGCCUCGGUCGCGGAGGAGGAGGUGGUGGUCGUUCCAGCCCUUCUGUUUUCUCGACUUUUUCCUCCUCUUCGCGCCGAGCUCGACCUCGUGAGGGAUUCGUGCAGCGUCUGGUCCGUUCAAUCAAGAAGCUAUUCCGGGAUAUCUACCGCUACGCCCGUGAACACCCAUUGAAGGUGUUUAUGCUCGUUGUUCUUCCCCUCCUCACGAGUGGCGUUUUGCCAAAGUUGUUGGCUAUGAUCGGCAUUCGACUGCCUCACGGUGUUCUCAGUGCCCUUGGUGGUGGAUCCUCGAAUGCAGCCCGUGGAAUGGGAGGCAUGGAGGGUAAGGGAUUGUCGGACAGCGUCAAUUCGCUGGUGAGCUUGGCUAAGAUGUUCGCCUAA